GACUACGGCUAAUUUCUGAUUCUCUUGUUAAUUUCGUUGCUGUUCCCAAGGAACCCUACCAUUCGGAAUUCAUCUGAGAUGUGAUUGAAACAGCGUCGAAUUCAGGGGGAAAAAAAAGAAGAUCGAAACUUUUAGCUAUUCUUGUGCCGAUUAAGAAAUCUGAGCUCGAGGGUUUGUCUAAGUGAUGGCGAAAUUCAACUGCUUCGCCGGAUUGAUGAGGAAGAAGAACAAGGCGAAUGGGAGAACUCCAAGAUCGGGAGAGUACAAAUCAUCGCAGAGAAUCCGCCAGCUCAGACUGGAAGAACCGGUCAAGCCCCUGGAGAACGACGAGCCCAACAGCUCAGGUCAUGACAAAGCCAUUCUCGGAAACCACACUCCGGUCGGCCCUGCAUCUUACGACGGCGAAGAUGAACGCGAUGACGAAAACGCUUCCAUGAAACGGGAAUUCUCCGAUUUCCAUCCCCAAGCCAGCGCCCCCCAAUCCACAAACGGCGAUUUCUGCUCUAAAGACUCGAAUUUGGAGAAUGUCAAGGAGGUUUCAGAAGCUCCGGAUGGCAGCCAUGGCUACGACGGGCACGUAAGCGACCCUGGCGUGGGAAGAGUCGCAUCAAUGGAGGCCUCUCCUAAGCUGAAACGCUCGUGCUCUAGCCUCGAAACCCGAGAGGUUUUGAGUAAGAUCACGAGCCGUCUCACCCGUCCCGAUCACGUUUCUCCUCGUGAUGCUACCGAGUUCUUCGAUAUUGCUCCUGAGAGUCCUACAUCAGUGCUAUCGCAGAGAAGUGCAGAUAGAGUGAUGCUGAAGAAAUACUCGUCGAGGCAGAUUCUUCCCUCGAGGAGCAAGCGAUUAUGGUGGAAGCUCUUCCUAUGGAGCCACCGGAACCUCCAUAAACGCCAGGAUUCGUCAAAGUCUCAGCCUUUGCGUGUUUCCGAGGCGAAACAAGAGUCGGGUUAUGCAUCCGACAUCCUCGAGCACAACCAGGUGGCAGCGAAAUCGAGCCCUGGAGCAUUCACCGAAGAUUCUCCCAACAAUUUCACUGGUUCCCCAGGCCAAGAAGCUUCUUCAAGCUUGUGGCCGCAUAACCAGUGGCUAGCGUUCUCUGCUGAAUCAUCUUCUUUCAAAAGAGUAGACGAAUGGGUGAGAGAUCUCGAUGUCGAAACCUCGGUUCCCGCCUUUGAGGACGGCGACAUAGCGGGUGGUUUUGACUUCCCAAAUUCUCUCGAGGCCGAGAGAUCAAACCCGGGAGGGCAAAUGGCUCAUAACGGAAGCAGCAAUAUAUAUGAGGCAAUUGUUCACGCGAAUAGCCUUAUCCAGUCACUGAACAAAUCCUCAAGCGUGGCUCAUAUUUCGAGCAUCGGGUUGAAAGCUGUUCCGACCAUCUGCCAUUUCAACAGCCUUAAGUCGGUAGACUUAUCCAACAACUUCAUAGUUCAAAUAACUCAGGGAUCACUGCCAAAGGGCCUGCACGCGUUGGACCUUUCGAAGAACAAGAUCACUGUCAUCGAAGGUCUUAGAGAUUUGUCGCGGCUUCGGGUUCUCGAUCUCAGUUACAAUCGCAUCUCUCGCAUUGGACAAGGCUUAUCAAACUGCGUUCUGAUCAAAGAACUCUACCUGGCCGGGAACAAGAUCAGCAACGUCGAGGGCUUACACCGACUCCUGAAACUCACAGUCCUCGACCUCAGCUUCAACAAGAUCACCACCGCCAAAUCCAUCGGACAGCUCGUCGCCAAUUACAAUUCCCUAGUCGCUCUCAACCUCCUGGGGAACCCGAUACAGAGCAAUAUCGGCGAGGAUCAGUUGCGGAAGGCGGCCUGCGGCUUGCUCCCCAAGCUCGUUUACCUCAACAAGCAGUCCGUUAAGCCUCAUCGAGCCAGGGAGGUUAUCACUGACAGCGUGGCUCGAGCCGCUUUGGGCGGUGGCUCAAACGGUAGUAGCUCUCUGCACCGUCACAGAAGGUCGGGCAAGCGAGUCAGCGGCUCAGGUGGUUCGAGCUCUUCACCGAGCGUCCAUAAACACAAGGGGACGAAGAACCGAAGUCGGCAUCAGCUGAAGAAAACUGCGUUACAUUAGGUGAUGGGUCAGGUGUUUUAUGGGUUGCUGAAAAAGAUCAUGUUCCCGUUCCGUUGCCUGAGACAGUUUGAAGUUGUGUUUGGUGUCUUCUGGUGAUCAAAGUGUGACUUUUAAUUGUUACUUCUAAGUUAACCUUUCGUCCCUCUUUUUUAUUUUUUCUGUAUAAAUAAAUAUAUAGAAAAACGUAGGAAGAUUA